CUUAUCUCCAACAAAAUGUCCCUCGUCGUCCCCGAGCCACAUCAGACAUUCCAGCACAUCCUUCGUCUGCUCAACACGAAUGUUGAUGGCAAACGGAAAGUUCAGUAUGCGUUGACGGAGAUCAAGGGUGUCGGGAGGCGGUACGCCAACGUGGUCUGCAAGAAGGCAGAUGUUGACUUGAAGAAACGGGCAGGCGAACUUAACUCUGAUGAGCUCGAGCGCAUCGUCACCAUUAUGCAAAACCCCACCCAGUUCAAGAUUCCAACGUGGUUUUUGAACAGACAAAAAGACAUUACUGAUGGCAAGAACUUGCAAAUCCUGUCCAACGGUGUCGAUUCUAAGCUGCGUGACGACCUUGAACGGCUGAAGAAAAUCCGCGCUCACAGAGGUCUUCGUCAUUUCUGGGGUGUUCGUGUGAGGGGUCAGCACACCAAGACAACCGGUCGUCGUGGCAAGACGGUUGGUGUGUCCAAGAAGCGCGGUUAGACAUGUGGGAGGUUGUCCACCGAGUGGCAACAGGCUGGCUUGUUGGGCGUAGUUCCUGCUACCUCUUAUGCGAAUGCCAAUCAUGAGACAUUUCAUACUGGGGUGUAUGCC